AUGUUGGAACUGAUGAAAGCGGUGGAGACCUAUGUGAGCACACUCGGUUAUGGCAUAGGCAGCUUGGGCACAUAUCAGAGAAGGGGUGUUACUGGAUCUUUGCCGCAGAGUUCUUCUUCCUGUCCAUCAUCUGUUCAUUGGAUAAACGAUGGCCUCGAGAAAGAUCUAUACAUUCAGUCAGCAUCUGUUACUGUUCUAGCAAUGGAUGGGAAGAGGCGAUGGCUAGAUAUAAAAAAUCAGGGUUCUAGUGGCAAGGCACAUUUUGUUUUGGUGACGAAUCUCGCUCCGUGUUCUGGGCUUAGACUUCAUCUUUGGCCUGAGAAAAGUAAGUCUCCGGUAAAAGAUGAAGUACCUUCUAAGCGAAUUCUUGAAGUGACAUCAAGAAUGGUUCAAAUCCCUGCUGGACCAGCUCCAAAGCAGAUUGAACCUGGAAGCCAAACCGAACAGCCACCUCCAUCCGCUAUGCUGCUACUAAGCCCUGAAGAAAUGCAUGGUUUUAGAUUCUUGACUGUUGCGGUUGCGCCGAGUCCGACUAUUUCAGGUAGGCCUCCCCCUGCUGCUUCCAUGGCAGUUGGGCAAUUCUUUUUUCCUGAAGAUGGUCAAAAAGGACUCUCCCCUAGUGUGCUGCUGCGCUCUAGCUAUGUUCAAGAUGAAAUAUUUUUCAAGGAGGAUCAUCCGCUCGCUCUGAAUUUAUCGUUCUCAGUAAGCUUAGGACUUUUACCUGUCACUUUGUCUCUAAGAACAGAAGGCUGUGGGUUAAAGAGAUCUGCUCUUCCAGAUGAAAAUUCUGAAGAUACAGACCACAGCAGCAUCUGCAAGUUACGUUGUUUCCCACCAGUCGCCCUUGCUUGGGAUGCUAUAUCGGGUCUACAUGUUGCUCCAACUUUGUAUUCUAAGACUAUGGUUGUUGAUUCUUCACCUGGAAUGUGGGAUUCUGGUGACAUGUCUGACAGAACUAAUGUGUUAUUAUUGGUGGAUCCACAUUGCUCAUAUAAAGUUAGCAUUGCCGUUUCUCUGGUUGCAGCAGCAAGCAGAUUCUGUAUUUUAUACUCAUCGCAGGUUGUAGGCUUUAUGAUGGCUGUUGUAUUUUUCGCUCUAAUGCGGCAAGCACGUGCAUGGGAGCUUGACUUGACUGUGCCAUCCGUUUUAACUGCGAUAGAGCUCAAUUUGAGAAUACCGCUUCCGUUCAUGCUACUUGUUUUACUGCCAACUACUGUUUCUUUGGUCCUUUCUUCGCUUACUACUGAAACAUUUCCUCCAGUUAUGAGCUUUCUUUUUGUCUCUAUCGCCUGUUUUCUAAUUGCAAAUGGAUCCGUUGUAAUUUUGAUAUUGAGCUCGCAAUUGGUCCUCUACGCAGCAGCUACCCUACAUGUAUUCCUGAAAAGACGCUGGCAAGCAUGGGAAGAGAGCUUUUGUAUUAUGUAUCUUCAUCAGGUCCUUGAUUUCUCAUCCAUCUUUUACUCGCUAAAGGUUGUGCAGAUUCUUAGGGGCAGCCCAAGACUUGUUGUAGCAUUUAUUGCAAUUCCUUUGGUCUGUUUUGUUCAUCCAGCGCUUGGCCUGAUUGUGCUUCUCGUUUCACAUGCUUUCCAUUCUCACACUGCUCUCUGCAGUUUUUUGGCGGCUUCAUUUCGCAGUCGUGCUCAAAGAAAGGAGCUACCUGACUCACAACCACGGGGAACUUAUUCUUUGUGCAAAGCUAAUGACGCACUCAACUCGCUUCUGCCUGUGGAUGAGAGCAGUCGUACUAGUCCAAGCGCCAGAAGAAGUUUUUGUGAUAGUCAGUUAGAAGUUUUCAAUUACCAGCACAGCUUGCUUAGUCUUAUUUUGGGAUUGUUUUUUGAGUUUAUGUGUCAAAAUUAA